AGGGUGAGGAGAGCCGGCGGAGACGAGGCCCGCGCUCCGGAGGAAGCCGAGCCCGGCUGAGGCCUCGGACUCCCAGCCCCGAGCUCCGCGGCACCAUGGCCCCGAAGCUGCUGCUGCUCCUCUGCUUGUUCUCCGGCUUGCACGCAAGGUCCAGAAAGGUGGAAGAGGAUGAAUAUGAAGAUUCAUUGUCAAACCAAAAGUGGGUCUUGGCUCCAAAAUCCCAGGACACCGACGUGACUCUUAUUCUCAACAAGUUGCUAAGAGAAUAUGAUAAAAAGCUGAGGCCGGAUAUUGGAAUAAAACCGACCGUAAUUGACGUUGACAUUUAUGUUAACAGCAUUGGGCCUGUGUCAUCAAUAAACAUGGAAUACCAAAUUGAUAUAUUUUUUGCUCAGACCUGGACAGACAGUCGCCUUCGAUUCAACAGCACGAUGAAAAUUCUUACACUGAACAGCAACAUGGUGGGGUUGAUAUGGAUUCCAGACACGAUCUUCCGCAACUCCAAAACCGCAGAGGCUCACUGGAUUACCACACCCAACCAGCUCCUCAGGAUCUGGAAUGAUGGGAAAAUCCUUUACACUUUAAGGCUCACCAUCAACGCAGAGUGCCAGCUGCAGCUGCACAACUUCCCCAUGGACGAGCACUCCUGCCCGCUGAUAUUCUCCAGCUAUGGCUAUCCCAAAGAAGAAAUGAUUUAUAGAUGGAGAAAAAAUUCAGUUGAGGCAGCUGAUCAGAAAUCAUGGCGGCUUUAUCAGUUUGACUUCAUGGGCCUCAGAAACACCACAGAAAUCGUGACAACGUCUGCAGGUGAUUAUGUUGUCAUGACUAUAUAUUUCGAAUUGAGUAGAAGAAUGGGAUACUUCACUAUUCAGACAUACAUUCCUUGUAUACUGACUGUGGUUUUAUCCUGGGUGUCAUUCUGGAUCAAAAAAGAUGCUACACCAGCAAGAACAGCAUUGGGCAUCACCACAGUGCUGACCAUGACCACUCUAAGCACCAUUGCCAGGACGUCCCUGCCGCGAGUGUCCUAUGUGACCGCCAUGGACCUCUUUGUGACCGUGUGUUUCCUCUUUGUCUUCGCGGCUCUGAUGGAGUAUGCCACCCUCAACUACUACUCAAGCUGCAGGAAACCAGCCGCCGCGAAGAAGAAGACAACAUCCUUAUUACCUCCGGACUCCUCCAGAUGGAUUCACGAGCGGAUAAGUCUGCAAGGCCCCUCCAACUAUUCUCUCCUGGAUAUGAGGCCACCACCGCCUGCGAUGAUCACUUUAAACAAUUCCGUGUACUGGCAGGAAUUUGAAGACACCUGCGUCUAUGAGUGUCUGGACGGCAAAGACUGUCAGAGCUUCUUUUGCUGCUAUGAAGAAUGUAAAUCAGGAUCAUGGAGAAAAGGGCGUAUUCACAUAGACAUCUUGGAGCUGGACUCGUACUCCCGGGUCUUUUUCCCUACGUCGUUCCUGCUCUUUAACCUGGUCUAUUGGGUCGGAUACCUGUAUCUCUAAGUGCUGCUCCUCGUGUCGCAGGAAGGGCAUUUGGUUCACACUCUUGACCUUCUGUCCAGUAGUGACCUCCCAGUCCAGUAGUGACCAAUCGGGAGUAGCAAGGACACUGCUCAGUUUAUCUUAAGUUAUAAAUUACAUUUCAGCCACACAGGAAGUAUCUGGAAAUAUUUCUAUUAUGUAUUUCAUACACACACACACACACACACACACACACACACACAUAUAUUAAUUGAGUUCUAAAGUGAAAUUCUUGCUAAUCCCUGACUGAACUGUAGUUUGCUGAUGUUUAUGAAUGAUUUUUGGAUAUUGGAAAUAGCUGCUGAUUAUCCUGGCAAAGAAAUCUGGAAAACAUGCAAGCCAAUAGCUGA